UCCGCUUAAAAGAGUGUUUUAGCUGUGAUAGCAGCAAGGACGUGGUUUUCAACGAAGAUCAACAAAACAAUAGACUUUUUAUUGUCUCGCUCCUUUUGACUGUGGGACGUUUUGGCCAUUCGAGCUUCCCUGGGGAUUAUUCCCGGAUUUCUGCGUCUUCCUUUGGGAUUUUAUUUGCUUUGGGUCGUGUUUUAGCUCAGACAGGCUGCAGCUUUGAGUCUCACCAUGAAGUUGACCGGAAUUUUUUUGCUGCUGAUGCUUUGGACCUGCGAGAGCGCGAGGGUCGCAGAGAGCCGCGAGGACGACAGCGUGUACGACCUGUUCGAGCUGGUCCAGGUGCCCAGGAAGAACGGCGGGGUGACGCUGGUGAAGGGGGACGACCCGUACAGCCCCGCCUACAAGAUCCUCAACCCGGACCUGAUCCCCCCGGUUCCCGAGAGCGCCUUCAGGGACCUGAUCGACACCAUCCACGCCGAGAGGGGCUUCCUGCUGCUGCUCAACUUCAAGCAGUUCAAACGCACCCGCGGCAGCCUGCUGACGGUGGAGAAGCUGGACGGCUCCGGGCCCGUCUUCGAGGUCGUCUCCAACGGCAAAGCCAACACCCUGGACAUCGUUUUCUCCACCGAGAACAAGCAGCAGGUGGUCUCCAUCGAGGAAGCGGACCUGGCCACGGGCCACUGGAAGAACAUCACGCUGUUCGUGCAGGAGGACCGCGCGCUGCUGUACGCGGGGUGCGAGGAGGUGAACGCGGCCGAGCUGGACGCGCCCAUCCAGAGCAUCCUGACGCACGAGACGCCGGGCGGCGCGCGCCUCCGGAUCGGGAAGGGCGCCGUGAAGGACCGGUUCAUGGGGGUCCUACAAAACGUGCGCUUUGUGUUCGGAACGACGCUGGACGCCAUCCUCCGCAACAAAGGCUGCCAGAGCUCGCUCGACACCCUGAACCUGGAGAACCUCAACGGGUCGUCAGCCAUCAGAACCGAGUACACUGGACACAAGACUAAAGACCUGCAGAUGGUCUGUGGCUUCUCCUGUGAGGAUCUGGUCAGCAUGUUCAAGGAGCUGAGGGGCCUCGGCGUGGUGGUGAAGGAGCUGUCCAACGAUCUCCGCCAGCUGACGGACGAGAACAAACUCAUCAAGAACCACAUCGGCAUCCACACGGGCGUCUGCAUCCACAACGGCAUCGUGCACAAGAACCGGGACGAGUGGACCGUCGACGUGUGCACAGAGUGCACUUGUCAGAACUCUGCUACCGUGUGCCGCAAGAUCUCCUGCCCCCUGAUCCCUUGUGCAAACGCCACUGUUCCCGAUGGAGAGUGCUGCCCGCGCUGUGGAACACCGAGCGACUAUGCAGAGGACGGCUGGUCGCCGUGGUCUGAAUGGACUCAUUGUUCUGUGUCAUGUGGGCGGGGCACCCAGCAGCGUGGACGCUCCUGCGACCGUAUCAAUAACAACUGUGAUGGGACCUCUGUUCAGACCCGUGACUGCUACCUCCAGGAGUGUGACAAGCGCUUCAAGCAGGAUGGCAACUGGAGCCAUUGGUCCCCAUGGUCUUCCUGCUCCGUCACCUGCGAUUCUGGUGUAAUCACCCGUAUCCGCCUCUGCAACUCCCCCACGCCACAGUUCGGAGGCAAGGAGUGCAAAGGAGAGGGCCGGCAAACAGAGACGUGUCACAAGUCUCCCUGCCCCAUCAAUGGCAACUGGGGACCGUGGUCACCGUGGAACGCGUGCACUCUCACCUGUGGAGGUGGCGCCCAGACUCGUACACGCCUGUGCAACGGCCCUGCACCACAAUACGGUGGCAAGGAGUGUGUUGGUGAAGCCAAAGACUCCCAGAUAUGCAACAAGAAAGCCUGCCCUGUCGACGGCUGCCUAUCUAACCCCUGCUUUGCUGGAGCAAAGUGCACCAGUUUCCCUGAUGGGUCCUGGAAGUGUGGAAAGUGUCCAACUGGCUACGCUGGCAACGGUGUUAAAUGUAAAGACAUCAAUGAGUGCAAGGAGGUCCCAGACGCUUGCUUUGAGUUUAACGGUGUGCACCGCUGCGAGAACACAGAUCCUGGCUACAACUGUCUGCCCUGCCCUCCGCGCUACUCAGGACCUCAGCCGUUCGGCAAGGGUGUGGAGCAGGCUGCAGCUAAUAAACAGGUAUGCACACCCCGUAAUCCCUGCCUUGAUGGAAGCCACGACUGCAACAAAAAUGCUCGCUGCAACUACCUUGGACACUUUGCAGAUCCCAUGUACCGCUGUGAGUGCAGGCCUGGUUAUGCUGGAAACGGGCACAUCUGUGGCGAGGACACUGACCUGGAUGGAUGGCCGAACGCUGACUUGAUCUGUGUGGAGAACGCCACCUACCACUGCAAGAAGGACAACUGCCCCAACCUCCCCAACUCUGGGCAGGAAGAUUACGAUAAGGACGGCAUUGGAGACGCUUGUGACAACGAUGACGACAACGAUGGAAUCCCUGAUGACAGAGACAACUGCCCGUUCAUUUACAACCCCAGGCAGUACGACUAUGAUCGUGAUGAAGUGGGCGACCGCUGUGACAACUGCCCCUACAACAGUAAUCCAGACCAGACGGACACAGACAACAAUGGAGAGGGAGACGCCUGCGCAGUGGACAUCGAUGGAGAUGGCAUACUGAAUGAGAAAGACAACUGUCCCUAUGUUUACAAUGUUGACCAGAAGGACACCGACCUGGACGGAGUGGGAGACAUGUGCGAUAACUGUCCUUUGGAACAUAAUCCUGACCAGGUGGAUUCAGACGACGACCGUGUGGGAGACAAGUGUGACAGCAACCAGGACAUAGAUGAGGACGGGCACCAGAAUAACCUGGACAACUGUCCGUACAUCCCCAACGCCAACCAGGCGGACCAUGACAAGGACGGCAAAGGCGACGCCUGUGACCACGAUGAUGACAAUGAUGGCAUUCCUGAUGAGAAGGACAACUGCAGAUUGGCCUUCAACCCUGAUCAAGUGGAUUCUGAUGGUGAUGGCCGUGGGGAUGCCUGCAAAGACGACUUUGACCAGGACAAUGUGCCUGACAUCUAUGACGUCUGUCCAGAAAACUUUGAUAUUAGUGAGACUGACUUCCGCAAGUUUCAGAUGGUUCCUCUGGACCCUAAAGGCACCUCCCAGAUUGAUCCUAACUGGGUUGUCCGCCAUCAAGGCAAGGAGCUGGUGCAGACUGUGAACUGCGACCCUGGCAUCGCUGUUGGGUACCAUGAGUUCAAUGCAGUGGACUUUAGUGGGACCUUCUUCAUCAAUACAGAGAGGGACGAUGAUUACGCAGGGUUUGUGUUUGGCUACCAGUCCAGCUCCAGGUUCUAUGUCGUAAUGUGGAAGCAAAUUACCCAAACGUACUGGUCUAAUAAACCCACCAAGGCUCAGGGAUACUCUGGCCUGUCCAUUAAAGUAGUCAACUCCACCACUGGCCCUGGAGAACAUCUCAGGAAUGCCCUCUGGCACACUGGGAAUACCCCAGGACAGGUCCGCACUCUCUGGCAUGACCCCAAAAAUGUUGGAUGGAAAGACUUCACUGCCUACAGAUGGCAUCUGAUCCACAGGCCGAGAACAGGACACAUUAGAGUUGUGAUGUAUGAAGGUAAGAAGAUCAUGGCAGAUUCUGGAAGCAUCUAUGACAAGACGUACGCCGGUGGCAGGCUCGGGCUCUUUGUCUUUUCACAGGAGAUGGUUUACUUCUCAGACCUCAAGUACGAAUGCAGAGAUGCAUAAACGCACGGCGCAGGAAGCUCUAGCACCUUUUUGUAUAAAACAGGAACUUAUAUAUUCUGAUGCCAAGUCCAGGGACCGAUUUUUCAUGCGACACCUCCUGUGGCACGCACACCCAGACAGGGUGGAGGGCAUGUGGCACAUGCUGGAGGCUGGUUUGGGGCCGCACCAAUUAGCUGACUGCCAGUUAAGGGUCAGAGAGCCCCUUCUCCUUCAUGAGGACCCCCAGAAUCAGGAAAGGCCAGACUCCUGUAGCUCUGCCAGUAGAAGACAGGUUUCUUCCCCACCUCCGCCUGAUCGCUCUCUGAAAGACCUUUAGCUCCCCAUAAACAAACUAUGCACUUCCAACCUUUUAUGUAUCUGUGUUGUCUUUGUAUCUCACCUCUUCUGCCAGUGUGCCUUUCUGCUUUGCCUUCUGGAUGGACAUCCCAAAGAAAAAGAACAUUUCAAGUAUUCCCUUUGCGUCACGAGAUCCCAGGAUGAGAGAUUUUGAUUUUCUCUUGAUUUUUAGGAAUAUGUUGUGGAAGAUUUGAAAUAUUAGAAAAUGGUUGAAGGUAAAGUGAAUUAGAAAAACAGGAACCGUUGUUGUUAAAAAAUGACCUGUGUGUGAAAAACUGGCCAUGAAUGCAAAACAAAGGUCUAAACAUCUCUUUAGACAAACACAAUAUUGCAGCUUUGUUAACUAUUUUUUCUUAACAUACAAAUGUUAGAGUCUUAGUCAAAUUUGUCUGAUUAACUAAAAGAAUCUCAGGGUGAGAAAGAAGUGACGACUUACACGGAACAAAUGCAGGGUUUAUAUUUUACACAAAUCUGAAAAAAUAGAACCUCACAUGCUCCAGCCAUGAAUUAGCAGUGAUGACCAAAUUAAGCAGGAGCUAAAGUAAGAGCAGAUCGUCCAUCAUCUCCCACUGUACAAACCCCGUUCAGUUUUCUGAAGCAUAUUUUUGCACCUUUUCUACAGAGAGAUGAUAAACAUUUAAUAUACAAUAUUACCUCAUUACUGUUUUAUAAUUUGAUCAGAAAAACACAACACAAGUACUUUUUCAUUCCUUUCAUAUAUUAGUGCUACUGUAACAUGAGCUGUAAAUAAUAUAUUUUAUAUCCAUAAACACAACCGAGCUCCCAGUUUCACGAAUAGGAGUCAGAUGGGAGCCAGCUUUGUUCUUUUGCUUCAUCGUUUAUGUUCUUGGCAGGUAAAUUAUUGUUCUAUUCUGAUUUAGCUGUUUGAGAGGUUGAUCUGUGUGUGUGCGUGUGAGUGUAGGUAAAUGCUAUUUAAAUAAUUUAUCAGGAUGCGCUGCCUCGUAACAGGGCACGAGUCCGUCUGUAUAAACGGUUUGCACACUGACGUGAGGAUGUUCUGUUCUUUAUCGUUUUGACCUUUUUGUUAUUGUGUAUCAUCGUUACUAUUAUUUUUGUACAAUUAGUUUUGCUUGUGUGUAAACAUUUCUUUAGCUGUACAAAGCAAAAAUAGUGUUUUAAUUCACAGCAACAAUAAAUAGUUGUUAAAAUUCUUAA